UCCCACUACUCAACAUUGACUUGACGGCUACAUGUUUGAUUUUGGGUUUUGGGCCCAACACCUGUAUUUUUAUACUUGUUUCUUUCCUUUCAUGAGUAAGGUGAUGAAGACGAGUAAUGAGAGUUGGGGAGGUGAUUUCAUACUGGUGGGCUUCUCUGACCAGCCACAGCUUGAGAAGAUCCUCUUUGUGGUUGUGCUGAUCUCCUACCUCCUGACACUGAUAGGUAACACAGCCAUCAUUCUGGUCUCCAGACUGGAUCCCAUGCUCCAUAUGCCCAUGUAUUAUUUUCUUACCAUUCUCUCCUUUGUUGACAUCUGCUUUAGCACCAGCAUUGUGCCCCAACUGCUAUGGAACCUCCAUGAGCCCACCAAGACAAUUACUCCUGUAGGCUGUACUAUUCAACUUUACUUGUCUUUGGCACUGGGAUCCACUGAGUGUGUUCUCCUAGCUGUCAUGGCAUAUGACCGCUAUGCUGCUGUUUGCCGACCACUUCAUUAUGCUACCAUUAUGCAUCCACGACUUUGCCAGUCACUUGCAGGAGUGGCAUGGUUGAGUGGAGUGGGUAACUCCCUAAUUCAAGGCACCAUCACCCUUCGGCUGCCCCUUUGUGGGAACCGGAGGAUUUACCACUUCAUCUGUGAAGUGCCUGCCAUGAUCAAGUUGGCCUGUGUAGACAUUCAUGCCAAUGAGGUCCAACUCUUCAUGGCUUCCUUGGUACUGCUCCUCCUCCCUCUGAUACUCAUCUUGGUCUCAUAUGGAUACAUUGCCCAAGCAGUGAUGAGAAUCAGGUCAGCCCAAGCCUGGCAUAAAGCCCUUGGAACAUGUGGGUCUCACCUGUUGGUAGUGUCCCUCUUCUAUGGGACUGCCACAGCUGUUUAUAUCCAGCCCAACAGUUCCUAUGCCCAUAAUCAGGGAAAGUUUAUAACCCUCUUGUAUACUGUAGUUAUUCCCACUCUCAAUCCCCUUAUUUACUCUCUGCGAAACAAAGAUGUAAAGGGAGCUUUGAAGAGGCUGGGGAGAAAAGAUCAGUGUACAGGAGAAUGAGAAAGUGAUGAGGAAAAUGUGCAACCUGAUUUAACUAAGGUGGGAGUGCUGAAAGACACUGAAAGGUUGAAAUGUUUCCUGCAAAACUAAAUUCCCAACACUCUGAAGAAUUCAUAGGAAACUGAAAUCAUUUUCUUCGAUCCCUCUACUUAACAUACUCAGGAUAUCACAUCAGGAUAACAAGACUGACCUGUUGUUAUCUGCCUGUCAAUUGGUUUACCCAAUAAAUACAAACAAGAUUUUUGUGUUUGUACUUUACUGGAUAUUUUUUUUUAAGUUAAUUUUCUUCCCUCUCUGUUCUUUCUCUUAUAUAAAUCCUGGCUUUGCCUUGUU